AUGCAUAUGCAAGGUGAAACAAAGAUAUAUGGAGGCGUUUUGGUGCGCCUGAGCGAUCGGCUGAUGUUGUGUAAGGCCCCUGGAUGCCCGACCAAUGAUUUCUCGAUACCAGGAACCGUAUGGGCUGAGGUUGUGAGUAAAUGCUCUGCCCCCAACUUCCGCACCACCUCCUUCAUUUCCCUCGACAGCGAGGGUUUGAGUGGGGUGGAGGAAGGGGCGGAAGGGCCACUGCAGCUCUCGUAUCAUAUUAUGACAGACAGCGAGCUUGCAUUCGCGAUUCUCGCUAACAAAGCCGUCACACGGCGUCAGGGCCAUGCCGCUCUGGACGAGGCAGCGAAGACCUUUCGAAAAAUGUUUGUUGAAAGCGUCGCAAAGCUCAACACCAAGAUGGUGGAUGUCUUCGUGAAGCCCUACCGCGAUGUGCUCCUCCGCAUGAGUGACUCGGGUGAGCCGGAAGAAAAGGUGCGGAAGGUGAAGAUGGCCGUGGCGGAGGUGAAGGACCUCGCGUUAGACAAUGUCGAGCGAGUGAUUCAGCGCGGUCAACGUAUUGAUGAUAUUGUUCAGUCCACGGAAGAUUUGCAAUUUCAGGCACAGGGCUUUCAGCGUAGCAGCCGCGAUCUUCGUCAGCAACUCUGGUGGAACUCCGUCAAGGGGAAACUCAUGGUUGGCGGUGUGGCAGCAUUCUUUAUUAUGAUUGUUUUGUUUGUCUUCUUCUCAGGCAACGGCAACAGUAAAUAG